AUGAAGAGUCUGUUGAUUUUUGUACCAAACAGUCUCUGCAAAGAGAAGUCAGGGUACCUGUUUGGCAAAGUACUGUAUGAUGAGAACACCGGAGUUAAGAAAUUUUAUGUAAUUGGAAUAUGUGCAGUAGACAAUUUGGGAACAGUGAAAUUGAACACUAACAUAAUUGGAUACUAUUCUGGGAUAGAACAGAAACGAGGACAUACAGAUAAAAAAUAUACAGACUGGCUUAACGUAUUUUUACGUACUAGUUGUUCUGGAAAAAGUAAUUACGAUUAUGGUAUAAGGGGUAUUACUAUAAACAAUAAAAAGAUUUCAACCUUACAUUGCCAUACAGUAAUUGCAGUAUAUAAUCAGGCAGCACUUAGAGAAACAGAAUUGCUCGAUCAAAAAGCAACAACGGGAGAUCAUUUUUAUGAAUUAAUGAAGAUUGUACAAAACAAGCAAGUUGAAGGAGAAUUACAAAAGAAAGGAAAAUUCACGUAUAUAAAAGAAACUCUCCUAGUCUAUCACAUGUUUCUAUAUUUCUAUCCAGUUCUUCUGCUUAAUAAAAUAACAAACAAAUUACUACCACUAUUAAAAUAUUCCUUUCUUGGUUUACAUGUACAUGGCUGGUUGGAAAAUGUUAAAUGGAUGCUAAUAGCUAUAAUAAAAAACAAGAGGUUUACAUUGAAAACUGGUAAUCAUGUUUUCGCGCUAAUAAUAGAUAUGUUACUAGGAAUAUUUAUAUUGCAACUAUUAUUGCAUUAUCUUGAAUAUACAUCCCCAUCUCAAAUACUUUUAAAUAAUGCAGAGAAAGUUGUAACAUUACUCAAAGAUUUAAUAAACUGGUUAAUGGGUGUGCCAGCUGGGUUAAAAUUAAAUCAUGCUCUAAAUAAUAUGCUUGGGAAAUUCUUUCAGUAUCAUAUACACUUAUGGUGGACAUUUUUGAUAUUCAUGAAACCUGUAAUGGAUUUUGCUUUUGAGGUGUUAGUAUUAUUUGGAAGAUUGGGUAUUACAUUUCAAAUAGCAAUAGCAGCAGACCUUCUGGCUCUUGUUAGCUUCCAUGCAUACUGUAUUUAUGUGUAUGCAGCAAGGCUCUUCAACAUUCAAUUAAAGGGUAUCACAGCUUUAGUCAGACUGUUUCUAGGCAAGAAGAAAAAUCCAUUAAGAGAGAGAGUUGAUUCUUGUCAGUAUCAACCUGACCAAUUGUUUGUGGGCACUCUGUUAUUUACAAUUCUUUUGUUUCUUAUGCCAACAACAUGGGUCUACUAUGCAGUUUUCACUACGCUCAGACUAGCAUUGAUUGGUUUUGGAGGCUUUUUGACUAGGAUGAAAUUCUAUCUUCAAGUUAUGCCUGUGUAUACAUUCUUUAAGUGGUUGUUCCAUUCAUACAGUACAUGCAGUAUUGUCAAUAUUAAGUUAUAUUCUCAUCAUAUGGAAAGGCCAAUUAUAUUAAUAAUGACAAUGGUUCUGGCACCGUGGCAACAUACAUGGAGUAAAUGUAUACCAGACACAAUUACUCAUCAUCCACCCAUUGAAUGGAAUAAGAUAAUAAGUAAUAUAAUAUGGGGUGAAUUGCUAUAUCCCUUAUAA